GUGGCCGCUUCUGGCAGCCGGGCUGUGCUGGAGACUGGCUGCCGCCGCGUCCCCCGGAGGCGUUCCUUCUCGGCCGGCGUGGCGAGCAGCGGUGGGACCUCGGCUCAUGGCGGCCGGCUGAGGGCGGUGUAGGCCCGGCUCGGCUCCUCUCGCGCCAUGGCCGGCGAGGAGCCGCAGAAGUUCCUGGCGCCCGACGAUCCCGGCGCCGUCCUCUCGCCGCCGCUGCCGCCGCGUCCCCACGGCCUGGGCGAGGAGGGCCCGGGCUGCCUGGACGUCAGCGACUUCGGCUGCCACCUCUCCUCCUGCCACCGCACGGACCCUCUGCGCCGCCUGCACGCCCACAGGUGGAACUUAACUUCUUGUGGCACAAGCGUAGCAAGCUCCGAAUGCAGCGAGGAGCUCUUCUCUUCGGUCUCUGUUGGUGACCAGGAUGAUUGUUUCUCUCUCUUGGAUGAUCAGGAGUUGACGUCUUUUGACCUGUUCCCUGAGGGUAGCGUCUGCAGUGAUGUCUCCUCCUCCAUUAGCACGUACUGGGACUGGUCGGACAGUGAGUUUGAAUGGCAGCUGCCUGGUAGUGACAUUGCAAGUGGAAGUGAUGUGCUUUCUGACAUCAUUCCCAGUAUUCCAAGCUCCCCUUGCCUGCUCCCGAAAAAGAAAAACAAGCACCGGAAUCUUGAUGAACUUCCGUGGAGUGCAAUGACCAACGAUGAGCAGGUGGAAUAUAUUGAAUAUCUGAGUCGGAAAGUCAGCAUGGAGAUGGGACUUCGAGAGCAGCUUGAUAUUAUUAAGAUUAUUGAUCCCACCGCUCAGAUUUCACCAACAGACAAUGAAUUCAUUAUCGAACUGAACUGUCUCACUGAUGAAAAGCUGAAACAGGUCAGAAACUACAUCAAGGAGCACGGCCCCCGGCAGCGGUCCGCGAGGGAGACCUGGAAGCGGAGCAGCUACAGCGGCGCCAGCGCCAGCGGGGUGAGCGGCGCCAGCGCCAGCAGCAGCAGCGCCAGCAUGGUCAGCUCGGCCAGCAGCAGCAGUUCGAGCCUCGGGAACUCGGGCUCGAACUCCAGCGCCAACCUGAGUCGGGCUCACAGCGAGAAUAACUUAUCCACAAGUGCUGCGGAACGCAUCCGGGAUUCGAAGAAACGCUCCAAGCAGCGCAAACUCCAGCAAAAGGCUUUGCGGAAGAGGCAGCUGAAAGAGCAGCGCCAGGCGCGGAAGGAAAGGCUGAGCGGCUUGUUCCUCAACGAGGAGGUUCUGUCUUUAAAAGUGACUGAGGAGGACCACGAGGGAGACGUGGAUGUCUUGAUGUGAGACGGGAGUGUAACGAUCAGUGUUCUUUCUAAGCCUUAAGCUGACUCUAUUGUUUACAUGCCCUUCUACCAAAAUGUUGAUUGAAUCAGGACUAGUUGUCCUCCUCGCAUCACUUACCUGUGCUGGUUUUGGGUUUUUGGCUUUUUUUUUUUUUUUUUUUGGCAAAUGGUAGGAAAUCAGGAAGGUGUUCUUUAAAAGUAUCUAGGCUAGAGUAUUUUGCUUUCAGAUCAACUCGCUGGUAAAAAUAAAAGCUGCAUUUCCUUCUUCAAUUCCAUUAAAAUUAUGGAAAGAAAAUCCUUGAACUUAAAUUUGAAGGUAUUUUCCUCUGUCUUCCCACUAUGUAAGUUAAACAGUUAAGGACUAUAGUCUGCAAAAACGAUAAUACCUUUUGCCAGGACUUAACUCUUCUUUGCUACUGCAGUUGUACCAACCUAGACUUUAUAUGUUAGGGUCCCUGAAAUUACCACUGUAAUUUCAUUUAACGUGGGGCUUGGGAACUGUGCGACUUACCACUGUGUGACUGGCUGUUCUGGUGAGCCUCUUGGUGGUUUUAAACCUGUGUUUUUUCUCCCUGCCUUCACCUGCACCGCGAGAGAGCAAAUGUUCGGUUGGUCACAAUAAUCCUUUAAGCGUAGGGCUUGGCAAGGAUUGUGUGUUCUCUGGAGUUUGGUCUCAAGCAGUGGACAACAAAUAGAAGGAAGUGCUUAUCGACAAAUACACAUUUCUUUUUUCCAAUGCGUGUGUUCCUUUCUCUCUUCCAAACCCCCAUAGUGUCUUGUGCCUUAAAAUUAAUUUGAUUUUUUUUUUUUUUUGGCUUGUUUAAUAUGGAAGUUUGGGGGACAAAAUGGCAAAAAUAAAGAGGAUCAAAACGCCCUGAAGUUCUUGGAAACAGAGUUAAUUGGCUCAUCCUGCUUUUUGAAGAAACCAAAAGUGAGCCGUUGUAGGUAAAAGAUAAUUUUUUAUUGAAAACCACAUGUUACAAAUUCAGCUUAAGGGCUGGAUUGCUCUUUAGUUAAUAUUGAUAAUUAAUAUUGAUAGAAGUGCCACGAGGUGAAGAAACUGCUUAGGCAAACGUGUUUGAAAAAAAACGUUGCGAUCUUCGGUGAUAUUGCCUCAAAGUAAUUAAGCUUCCAUUAUUAUCAGAAGGACUGAGAUGCAACAAUAACUAAGAGUUUGAUUUUAGAUGCACCGCCUUCAGAAUCAAGCCACGCAUUGCUCACUUUCUGACAGAAACACCUUUCUCUGCUUUAAACUAACCAUUUUGUUCUUUCAUCUACUUUGGAAUCUAGAGUGAUUAGACAAAUCUGUAGUGCUUGAACGCAGUCAUUUCAAAAUGUAGUUUCUCGUUGCAGCAUUUUCAGACAAACUAUAGUUAAGCAUAAGCUUUACUCCAGGUUUGCAUGAAGCAGUAACCUUUGAUGACUAUGACACAGAAUGUGAAGCUUUCCGUUUUUUCCCUAUGGUUUAAGUAUGGAGUAUUUAAACUGUUCUUUAACAUUCUAGCUGAACCAUAUUAGGUUCAGCUAGAACAGUACUGUUCCUAUACAAUGCUGGAUAGAUGUCAAAUAUUUACAGACAUUGAGAUUCACUAGCUUAUUUCUACAACCAAAGUUCUUCUUUUUGUUUCAAUUUUUAAUCCUGGAUUGUUUUGGAGCAUAGCUGCAUUUAUUUAUGAUCACUCUGCUCAAGAAGAGGAAGAUUAUUCUAAAGUAGCUCACAGAUCAUACUCUGUAAGUACUUUGGAAUAAGGGGGAUUAAAACUUUGUAGCCCAAUACUUAGUCUUGUAACAGACUUCGAAGAAGUGUGACCUAUCUGCAUCUUCUAGUCCUUGAUUUUUGUGAAUGCCCAAAACUUUCUAAUUGCUUUGGUUCUGCCCCACCAGUGGUCUAAUUUUUUGUGUGUGUUUGUGUGCAUGCAUGUUAAAGUAAUGAUUCAUUUAAAUUUUGAUUCCCAGUUGACAUCUGCUAAGAUAGUAUUAAAAAUUCAGCCGUUUUGACUAAGCUGUGGUCUGAAGCCAUGUGUUUUUAGUUUUUUCAUAACUUUUUUUUUUUUUUUACAAAUUUAAAAGCGAUGUUAGAAUGCAGAAAGGAACUAUUUUGUAGCCUUCUGCCUGUGUUCUAUUUAUUGUGAGCUGUUUACAAGCUGCAUAAAUAUUUAAUAAGAUAACUAAAGUAAUUGAGAGAACAAGUAAUUAGCUUCUCUUGCAAAGCUUAGAAGGAGCACUGAAAAUCUGAUUUAAAAAAAAUUGCUGUUCUGUUAGCUGACUGUAGCUACGAAGACAUGUUUACAUUUUGUGUAUGUAUACGUAUUCUGUUUCUUCACUAACUACAAAUGUUCCAAUCACCCAAGUAUUUGACUUUAGCAAAGGAGAAGAGUUUGUGUAAAAAAGAUUGCCUAGAAUGCUUUGGUAGUUCUAACAGCUGAGAUAUUUUCUUGAUCUAGAGUAAAGACUUUACUCAUUUUAAUUUUGUUUAUUUUAUUUUUCUACAUGGUGGUGAAAUAAAGAGUUUCUAGAGAGAAAUAAUCUACAUCAAAUUGUAUAUAUGACUGUAAAGUCCUUUUAAAGCUGUUGUAUCAUAGUUGUAGAAAAUCUUACAGAACGUUAGCCAAAUGUCUUAAUACUCAAAGAAAUACUAAUUGGUUUGUGCUCUAUCUCUUCUUGACCCACCCCUACCUUCUCCCCUUGGAUUGCUUCAGCAAUAGUUAACUCAUUGGUCAUUUUGAAGGUUAGUAACUCUUUGGUGGUCCAACCAGAUCAUGGUUUCUCAUGGCACUCUCUGUUCAGCCUGGCACACUUCACAAGUGUUAGGGUUCAGCUGCUGGAGGGAAUCAGGUUGGGAAGGCGACUCUUCUUGUUCCCUCUUAGGUCCAUGUUGCUGUACACUCUUGGUGUCUUGUGGGAAACUUCAGGUAAUUUACACGGCAACUUGGUCAAUCGGUUCAGAAGUGAUUAUUAGUAAAUAAAUCAGACUGAGAUCAUGAGCUUCUUACCGUGUGAGCAUACAUAAAGGCAGAGCAGUGCAAGAGGCCUCACAUGUGCUUUUUAUAAUGUGGUUGAGAGUUAAUGGUGUGUAAAUUGGAUGAAGAGAAAUGCGUGCUUCAUAACCAAAUCAAAAAGAGAGUCUUUGGCAAAGAUAUUUCAGAUAUAUAUAUAGUAUAUAGUAUUUAUAUAUAUCUGAACUGUUUCCAAGUUUUCUGCUACAGUGUAUAUUGAAAUAGACUUGUAUAUACAAUUUUUCAUUGUACAUUCUGUAUCUACUUACUACAGUGUUAGUAGAAUCCACUCUUUUUUUUGUUCUUGAUGUUGUGAAGAAUUUAACUGCUAGGUAUAAAAUACCAGGCACUGUGUUUGUUGUUGUUUUCUUUCUCUUAAGCUCUGAAUUGUAUUGAAAAACGAUCACAUCAACAUAGUCUGGGUGGGCAUUAAAGACAACGUAUGCUAAAGCAAACAAA